UGCGGUACUGGAUCACUCCUUGCCACAAACCCCAUCUCCAUAAAACUUUUUUGUCGAUAUCUGAGUUGGUUUGCACAUCUUUAUCAGAUAAAGAAAUUGAAAAGAGAAAGCUUGCAGACUUGUAAAGUGAAAAUGAUCACCAUGGCACGUAUCAUUCAGUAUAUACAAACUAUGUCCUUUAUCAACACCGUCGCUGUUGUUGGCCUAUCUUUCUUGUUCUUCUUGGUUUUCCUUAAAAGAUUUGUGCUAUCGAGUCGCAAGAUGGGAUCUACCAGCCUUCCAAUUGUCCCAGAUUGAAAAAUGAGAUGGGAUGAGAUUUCAGAUUUGUUAUUAUGGGCUUGGUGCAGAGGUACCCGGGCUACCGAUUGUAGGAAAUUUGCUGCAGCUGAAAGAGAAGAAACCUCACAAGACAUUCACAAAAUGGGCAGAGAUAUAUGGACCAAUCUUUUCUAUCAGAACCGGGGCUUCUUCUGUUGUUGUUAUCAAUUCUCCAGAGACAGCCAAAGAGGCCAUGGUGACUAGGUAUUCAUCCAUUUCAACAAGGAAGCUAUCCAACGCCCUGAAGAUUCUGACUUUUGAUAAAUGUAUGGUUGCAACAAGUGACUAUGGCGAGUUUCACAAGAUGGCGAAACGAUAUUUACUAACAAAUACUCUCGGUGCAAAUGCUCAGAGACGACACCGACACCAUAGGGACGCUAUGAUCGAGAACAUAUCAAGUCAAUUGCAUGCUUUGGUGAAUAAUGAUCCUCUCCGAGCUGUCAACUUCAGGAAAACAUUCGAGUCUGAACUUUUUGGAUUGGCAAUGAAGCAAGCUCUAGGAGAGGAUGUGCAAUCAAUUUAUGUGGAGGAGCUUGGUACUACUUUUUCGAGAGAAGAGAUACAUAAAGUUUUGGUCAUUGACAUGAUGGAGGGUGCAAUUGACGUAGAUUGGAGAGAUUUCUUCCCGUACUUGAAAUGGUUUCCUAACAAAAGUUUUGAGAUGAAAAUCCAGCAAAAGCAUAUCAGGAGGAUGGCAUUGAUGAAUGCCCUGAUCAAGGAGCAGAUGAAACGAAUUGAUUCAGGGGAGGAAGUCAAUUGUUAUCUUGAUUACUUGUUAUCUGAAGCAAAGACGCUUGCAAAAGAGCAAUUAGCAAUGUUGCUCUGGGAGACAAUUAUUGAAACAGCAGAUACUACUUUGGUCACAACAGAGUGGGCCAUGUAUCAGCUUGCUAAAGAUCCAACCCGGCAGGAUCGUCUCUAUCAUGAACUGGAAAAGGUUUGUGGUUCUAACAAAGUUAAGGAGGAAAACUUUUCGCAACUCCGAUACUUGGAUGCCGUUUUCCAUGAGACCCUCAGGAAGCACAGUCCAGCUCCUCUAGUUCCUUUAAGAUAUGUACAUGAAGAUACCCAAAUAGGAGGGUACUAUAUACCAGCUGGAAGUGAGAUUGCUGUUAACAUCUAUGGCUGUAACAUGGACAAGAAUCACUGGGAAAACCCCGAAGAGUGGAAUCCUGAGAGGUUUCUUGAUAAGAAAUACGACCCUUUGGAUUUGCACAAGACAAUGGCCUUUGGAGCGGGAAAGAGGGCAUGCGCAGGUUCUCUUCAGGCGAUGUUGCUGGCUUGUGCAGCAAUUGGUAGGUUAGUGCAGGAAUUUGAGUGGAGACUGAACGAUGGAGAAGAGGAGAAAGUUGAUACAGUUGGGCUGACCUCUCAGAAGCUGCAUCCACUGCUUGCAAUCCUAAAACCCAGAAAUUAAGUGGGAAGAUCCUCAGCUUUCUUAGUUUCCAUUUAGGAUUGAUAUAUUAAGCCUCUUUCAUGCACAAUCUCUGAACUGCUUUGGACUGGACAUAUCACAGCUUAAUCGCUGCAGCAAAAUGAUUAGGACUUGAGCUAUAAUGACUAUCAAAUCUCCACUGUGCGAGAACUUGUUGAUUUAACUUAUGCUUCGGUGGAAGAAAUUAGAAAUUAUAAACUUAUUGGAUAAAGAACAAAAGAGUUUACUUUGGUGGAUGAUCAAGGUAUUACAGAGUAGCAAAUUAGCUAUGUAAUGCAAAAAACUAUUGCAUGCCUUUA